CACCAGAGCGCGUUUCAGUGUCAUCGUGGUCGGUGCAUUUAGAAUUUUGUUUAAAAUAAAAAUGGCGGAUGAGAAAUAAGAUCGUAGGAAGUGUUUCAUUUGUAGUGUCGUGUGUUGUGUUUCCCUUAGCACAUCUUGUGUCAAUAUGACCGCUAAUACAAUCGAUCGGUAAUUUUCUUGAAAGCUGCGACGAAUUUUGUGCAUUUUUGUAUAGUCCAUGUAGUGUGUGACGGGGCAUUACAUAGAAAGAUAAAUAAUUUAUGUAACAGAUUUUCACACUCGAAAAACAAUGUUUUUCAAGAAAAUUUUAAUGCCGUGUGGAUUAUACGCGGCGCUACCUGCGGCACUACCUGCGGCAAAUCCAACAAGUUCACCAGGAGAUAGCAUGCUAUCUCAUAAUAAGGAGACAGCUACCAAGAAACUAAUUCGACCAUCUGAAUUACCUAUUUAUCCUCUUGAAGAUGACUAUACUAAGCAGAUCUCAUGCACAGACUGUCCGCCUUCCUUCUUAGAACAGAAUAUAUCAAAAAUUCGCAAAUCUGCUCAAGCAGUUGCAUCAGAAUAUCAACAUUAUACUGGAGUUAUCUCGGAUUCUGUUAAUAUCGGUUUCGAACAUAGCAGAUCUCUUUUGGAUUAUCUCCAUGAAGAAAGUAAUGUAAUGCCUCGUAUGGGUGCUAUCGGUAUCGGUGGAUUAACUGGAUUAAUAUUCGGUCUUAGAGGACGUAUAUUUAAGCGACUUAUAUAUUCUAGCACUGGUGCUCUCACUAUGGCAGGUCUGUGUUAUCCUAAAAAGGCAGAAGAAGGACUCGACCUGACAAAACAUUACGUAAACGUUGGAUAUAACUUCAUCUAUGGUGUCAAACCAGGUGACGAACAAGAGCUGAAAAUUGCAAUGCCGGAAUUGAAAUUCCCAAGAUCUUUUUCCGAAUUUGUAGACUUAACGAUUGCUACAGUUUUGACAACAGCUAGUGCUGUUGGGGGUUUUGCACAAAACACAUAUGCAUCUUUAAGCGGUAACAAGGAGAAAAAUCAACCGACAGCCGAGACGAGUGCGAAGACGAAAACAGACGCGAAACAAAAUUAGAAGGCUCACGGUGAGGCUUGUACGAUGUAGCGAAGAGUGAACGUAUGAACAUGUUGUCGUAGCGCAAAGAAAAAGAGAGAAUUAAUUAACUUACUAAAUAAAUUAUAUACGCCUAGUUAGUAAAUGAUAAAGUAGUAAAUUAAACGCUCAUAAUUUCCAA